UUUUUUUUUUCUUUUUCUUUUUUGGCUAAUAAACUGCUGGGGGCAUUUCACUCUUUAACACACAGCCUUCUUUGAUGUGUCCCCAAGAUUCAAAAAAAUCAUUCGCAACUUUGCCAGAGUCUCUAUAGGUCCUUUUUUAACUGGACUUUUCCCGACUGCUUUUCUAUCUGUGCGUUUGAGAUUGGUCAAGAGAUUUGUGUCACAGUUCUCGUGGCUUGACAGCAAGGUAUGUCCGAGGAGAAAAGUACGGAAUAUGUAGCCUUUUCCCAAGCUGUAUCCUUGGAGCUAUGAAGAUUGUUCAAAGAAUUGCGUGAUUUAUUAUUAUAAACAAUCAUGCCUCUGCCUAAAAUAGCAUCAAGUGGAAAUUAAAGCAAAUUCCACUUUGGGAUACCAACAAUACAGUAGACACACAUUUUUCUCAUUUUGGUGGGUCGAAAUUGUGAGAAAUUAAUGCUAUGUUAAGCAAAUGAUUUACAUGGCAUAAAGGGUUUUCAUCUUACUGGUAUUGGAAGAUUUUCUGAUUUUUGAACUAUGUUCUUGAUGAAAAAACAUAUCUUCGGCAAAUAGUCGUGUAACAUUUCUUAUGGCAUCAAUUCGAAGAACAUUAUCUCCUGUCCCUCGACCCAUCCCCUUAAUAAACGGCGAAGCUUGUCAAGUUGCUUCCCCUCUCUCCAAAUCCUCUUCAAAUAGUCAAAACUACCCUUCUCAUGGCAGCCUUUUCUCUUCCUAUGCAUUGUACAAAGCCCAAACCUUUGUUCUCGGGCUUUGCUCACAACGAAAUUCUCGGCCCUUCGAUCGCUCGAAGCUAAAGGGACAGAUUUGGCAGAGGGCCUUUCUACAUUUCUCGAUGUGCUUUCUUGUUGGUACCUUUCUUGGGCUUACCCCAUUUUUCCCUAUGAAUAUGUCAUCAAAUGUUGUCAUGCCUAAGCACCCAGAUUUGUACUUCGAUUUGCCACGAGCUGCUGUGAAAAACGGGUUUUACGGCGGGCAGAAAGCGAGUUUAUCAGCAGGCGACAAGAUUUCUUCAGCAGAACAAGAAGAAGCGAAUUUAGAACAUAAUAAUGGUGAAUUCGGGCUUGGUGAUUUGCAUAAUUUUUCGGGCCGGGCUUCUGAUGUGACUUAUAACAAGCUUCUGAUAACUGUGACACCAACGCAUGCGGGCCCACUUCAGGCCUACCAUUUGAAUCGUCUUGCUCACACGCUAAAACUUGUCCCAAAUCCUCUUUUGUGGAUUGUGGUUGAGAUGGAUGAACAGUCUGUGGAAGUAGCUGAGUUGUUGAGGGAUAUGGGUGUUAUGUACCGGCAUUUAAUAUGUGUUAGUAAGAACUCGACGGGGAUAGUUGACACGAGUGUUCUUUUGAGGAAUGUGGCUCUCUCACACAUCGAAAAACAUCGUCUUGAUGGGAUUGUUUACUUUGCAGAUGAGGAUAAGAUAUACUCGAGUGAGAUUUUUGAGGAAAUGAGAAAAAUCAGUCGGUUUGGGACAUGGACUGUGGCCCAAUUGGAUGAAACCAAAGGCAGGAUUUUCUUGGAUGGUCCAAUUUGUAGCAGGUCUCAAGUGAUAGGAUGGCACGUAGGUGGCAUGGCAAAAAGAUCUAGAAGAUUCCAUGCUGACAUGGCAGGUUUUGCUUUUAACAGCACUAUUAUUUGGGAUCCAAAGAGGUGGCACCGGCCCACGAUUGAAUCCAUUAGGCUGCUCGAGACAGUUAGAGAAGAUUUGCAAGCAACUUCUUUCGUAGAGCAAAUUGUGGAGGACGAAAGCCAAAUGGAAUGUUUUUCGACAAACACUGCAGGAAUCAUGGUGUGGGAUCAUUCCAUGGGCCCACAUUCGUUUCGUGAUAACUGGUUUACAACUGAUAGUUGGGGCAAUGUUACUCCACUUGAGUGAAACCGGACUAAGGUGACCUUGUACUGUUUUAGAGCCAGUCUUCACUCAUGUUGUUUGUGUAUGCUUAAUUCAGGGAAUUGAGAUUGAUAUUUUUUUCAGUCUAUAUUUUUGUUUUCAUUCUAUUUUGUAAUUGUAUUUUUGCAGGGGAGUUUGGGUAUUCUCUGGUGCUCCUUGCAGUCUGUAGCUAAUGGACUUGUUUUUUGCAGCAAAUCUUUUUAGUCCAUUCGUUUCCUUUUUUUUUUUUUUUUGU